AUGCGAUUCCUGAUCAUUGGAGGAAGUGGCCGCACAGGCAAGCUAGUCAUCAAUGAGCUACUUGAGAGAAGCCAUGAAGUCACUGCCCUGGUUCGAAGCCCUACUGCUUUGGAGGAACGAUCCGGCCUGGAUAUUGUUCAAGGCACACCCCUCAAUAUAUGGGAUGUCAACAGAGCUUUCAAUACCAAUAUUCCAGACGUCGUAAUCGUCACUCUCAGUGCUCUCCGAGAAACCGACAGCCCAUUCGCAAAGCCCAUCUCCCCUCCUCGCAUGAUGGCAGACAGCAAUGCAAACAUCGUGAAAGCGAUGAAAGAGUUUGGAGUUCACAAGAUUGUCGUCUUGCAAUCAUUUGGAACUGGUUCUUCUUGGGCAAAUAUGCCAUGCGCCAUGCGUCUACUCAUGAGCAAGUCUAACAUGAUCUACUCGUAUGACGACCAUAACGCCGCAGAAAAGGAGAUACGGGAUAGUGGUGUUACAUUUGUGUUUGUCCGCCCUUCGAGACUUGUCGAAAGUGAUAUAACUCAAAUCAAAGAAUGGCCCACUGAUGGCAAGGGGGUUGGUCUGAUGGGGUCUGCUAGUCGCAUCAGCGUUGCUCGGUUUUUAGUGGAUGCGGCAUUGGAUACGAAGUGGGAUAGCACUGCUCCUGUCAUCACCAAUUAA